CCCUCCCACCCCAAAGAAAACUGGGAAAGAAAGGAAAGGACGACGGUGGCCGCCGCUCCUAGAGUGCCUGCCCUGGAGAGCCUGAAGCAGCUCGGUCGGAGGCGGGAAGUUCCCGGCCGGCUGCCCUGUGCCGCCGCGAUGCUGCCGUGAGCUGUCUCGGCGGCCGGAGCCCCCUAGGCGCCUCCCGCGAACUCUCUCCUCCCUCUGCAGGCUGCCAGCGGUCCCGGGACCCGGUGGAGGGCCGGCAUGACGGGCUGGCCAGGGACCUGCCGUGCGCUCGGCACCCUCCGGAGACGCGCGCCGAGCCCGGCUCCCACGGCCUCGGAGGCUCGGCGGGGCUGUGGCAGUCCGGCGGGCGGGCUUUGGAGCCUUCCAACGCAGCGUUAACCUCGCCGCACGGCCGGGAUCGCAGCUCCAGGCUGCUCUGGAGAAGCUGAGAACCCUAAGGAGUGCUCUUAACUCAAGGGCUACGGAACUGCUACUCCCGACCGCCUUGGGCGAUCAUCCGAACUCUCCGGAGCACGUCAGCAUCCAGUACCGCGGCGCUCUCCCCGCAGCACAGGACUGAGGACUGCCCCUUUGGCGAGACGGAUGGAAACCGAGCUCCUCCGAGGACCUGCCCCUCCAGUCCUGGUUCGCGCUGCUCCAGUCACCACCGUGAACAAGGGACCCUAAAGAAUGGCCGAGCCUUGGGGGAACGAGCUGGCGUCCGCAGCUGCCAGGGGGGACCUAGAGCAACUAACUAGUUUGUUGCAAAAUAAUGUAAACGUCAAUGCACGAAAUGGAUUCGGAAGGACCGCGCUGCAGGUUAUGAAACUUGGAAAUCCCGAGAUUGCCAGGAGACUACUACUUAGAGGGGCCAAUCCAGAUUUGAAAGACCAAACUGGUUUCGCUGUCAUUCAUGAUGCGGCCCGAGAAGGUUUCCUGGACACUUUACAGACUUUGCUGGAGUUUCAAGCUGAUGUUAACAUCGAGGAUAAUGAAGGGAACUUGCCAUUGCACUUGGCUGCCAAAGAAGGUCACUUUCCAGUGGUGGAGUUCCUGGUGAAGCACACGGCCAGCAACGUGGGGCAUCGGAACCAUGAGGGGGAUACUGCCUGCGACUUAGCCAGGCUUUAUGGCAAGAACGAGGUCGUUAGCUUGCUGGAGGCAAAUGGGGUGGGGGACCCGAAAAUGUGCAGUGAAUAAGGGGAGGGCUUUCAGAGGUUGCCUCUACUUUGUCAGUUAAUUUGGCUGACCAUGCUGUUUUAAUACCGUUUAUUAAAAUACGGUUUUGUCACAUUAUACGCAGCUAGUUAAAUAGUAAGAAACUGCCUAAGUGGUAAUCUUUAAGCAACACCCUUUUCACCUGCAAAAUCCUGAGAUCUAACAUGUAAUUGCAAAUAGCCUUGGCUUUCUUCUGAAUAUUUUAUCUUUCUUUUGCUUUCCCCCCCUUGCUCUACUCUUUGCCAAUCUCAAUACCCAACUUGGAGACUUUGUUUUUAAAAUGGCUUGUUCUGAUGCUUCUUUUAUCUAAUUAAAACACUUUUUCAGAACAGGAUAAUGUUUUACUGUGAUUUUCACUCCUCUGUACCCACGCAUAACUCACCAUUUGCAAAGGCACACUAUACUGAAAGAUGAUAUUUUAAGUCCUGACAUUAGAAAAAGUAGGCCAAUUGGAAAAUUAGAUACAUACUCUUUAUCAGUUACGCUUUUCUCCCUUUCUUCAACUUUUUCUCCCUUUCUCCAAAGAUUUUAUUUGGUGUUAUAAAGGAAAAUGCCACCUUGAAAGUUCUCAUUGGUUGACUUUUUAAAUCACAAAAUUAGACAAUUGGUUAAAUAAUACAUUCCCUCCCCCAACCCCAGUUGUACCAGCUAUAAAUGUACUUAGUGUAACCUUGGGCUUUUUUUUCCCUCCCUGAAUUUCAAAAAUGUAAAAUUGCAAAAUGUUUCAAAAUAAAGUAAAAUAUAAAUACUGAUUUUUAGAGGAUAAAUACUCAGCAAUAAAAAGGUAUAAAUUAUAUCUAACGUUCAUUACUGUUUUAGGGUCUACAGAAAAAUACAUUUGGAAACUUAAAUAAGUCACUCCUCUGUAUACUUGAUUUCCAGGAAACUUUUUGGUAAAAAUCUGUUUAGGUAAAAAUUAAAAAUGAUGAAAGAAAUACAAACAUCAAAUUCCUAAAGCAUUUUUCAAUAUCUACUUUUUACACUGUCAUUUUAAUUA